AUGGUUUCAUUAAAAAAAAUACUAUCUAUCUAUCUAUCUAUCUAUCUAUCUAUCUAUCUAUCUAUCUAUCUAUCUCGUUCUACUUAUGUCUAUCUGUCUAUCUCAUUUUGCUCAUAUCUAUCUAUCUCGUUCUAUUCAUUAUUUAUCUCAUUCUGCUCAUAUCUAUCUAUCUAUCUAUCUAUCUAUGUAUCUCGUUCUGCUCAUAUCUAUCUAUCUAUCUAUCUAUCUAUCUAUCUAUCUCGUUCUUCUCAUAUCUAUCUAUCUGUCUAUCUAUUUCAUUCUGCUCAUAUCUUGCCUAUUGGUGUACCAACCGACGUUUUUGCUGACACGUACAACUCAACAGCCAUUGUUGUUACUUGGACACCCGUCAAGAAUAACCGGCAUUUUAUGAGAGGAAAAAUAUUAGGCUAUCAGGUAAACUGGUACGACCGUGAUCUUGAUCCAGAUAAUCCGCUGAAAUAUUCACAGUCCUUUUUUGGUGCUGAUUUAGAGGAAGUUAUUGUUAUCGGCCUCGUUCCAAACGGAUACUUUUGGGUCACAGCUCAAGUGUUCAAUACUGCUGGCCUGGGGCCGGUAAGCGAGUCCUACUUAGGGAGCACAGGAAUGGAAGCACCUUUGACUUAUCCAACGGAGGUGAAUGUGUACACCAAAUCUGAAAAUAGCGUUCUUGUCACAUUUCGAGGUGUAAGCUUUGGUCUGGACGAGGGCCGUGUCGAAGGAUACAAGAUGUGUUACUGGCCUGUCACAGAGAAAUGGAACCCUGAAAACCACUGCAUCGAAUUAGGCAAUAUAGACCAAGCUGUGAUAGAAAAUUUGGAAAAAGAUACAUUGUAUAAAUUGCGUGUCAUGGCAUGGAGUGGAGACGGAGACGGCAAGAAAAGUGAAUUAGUUUACUUCACGUUAGGUGGUCGGGUUUCGUUCGAUCCUACUGUCUAUGAAGUUCUCGCGUUGGGCAGUCAAAUUCGCUCAUUUCUGGUGACCUUGUGCCUGGCAGCUGUCAUCGCAUCUCUUUUUCAGACAUCCUAG